GAAGCAGAAUGUCGUCAUCGUCAUACACGGCAGCACCAGCGUUCAGUCACGCCGACGAGGAGCCUCCCACCGUCAGAUAUUUCAAGGCGUGCGGCCGGUGGGGGAUUCAUGCUGCUCACGCCGUCGUCCGACCCGUCGCAGUACGGGCCACCUACAUGGAAGCCAGAAGCAAAAGGUAGGUGAGGUGACACGGAUGGGAUGCACGCUGCAGGCAGUCCAGUAGAUAGAAUAGAUUGGUGGGUGUGUUUGUCUGUUGGUUGUGUGCAGGCAGGCGGGUCAGCUCAACACCCGGGAGAACGAGGCCGUGGACGACGUCGACGGCUGGCAGCCGUUCAUCACCAUGGGCAUGGCACUGCGUAAGCAUGAGGCUCGGGCAGAUAGAUGCGUCUGUGCCUGCCUGCCUGUCUACCUGGUGGGCAGGCACCAUGUGUGUUGUGUUUUGUGUGUGUCUUACCGUGAUCAUCAUCCAUCGGUUGGUUUGUGUGAUUGCGUGUGCCCUCUCUCAGCGUGUCACUACUGGUUCAGUCAAUGGCUGCUGAAGAACUUCAAGCCCCUCACCAAAAAGAACCCGACGGAGUUCGCGAUACCGCUCAUCGACAAGAAGCAGGCGGCAGUCAUUUUGGGCUUAGUAGGUACGGCACGCAGGCCGACUGCACCGCUACCAACGACGACAGACUGACAGACAAGAGCAGAGCAGACGAUCUGUGUGUGUGUGUGUGUGUCGGUUGUUUGCCUGUGUGUCUGUCUGUGUGUUCAUCAGUUCCUCUGACGUUCAUUUAUGUGUCUGCAUGUGGGUUGUGGCGUCGGAAGCUGGGCGACAUCUUCUUUGUGCCCAAGGGGAUGCUCGCCAGCACAUCCAUCGGCGUCAUGGAGCUCAGGGAAGAGUGAGUGACCAAGGGCACCCAUACCAGACAGAGAGACCAGCAGAAGAGGCACACUGCCCGAGUGCGUGUGUGGAUGGCUGGUGUGGUGUGGUGUGCAGCUACCGUAAGAGGGCGCCGCGUGACUACGAGAGGCUGAGGCGGAUGUGCGACCCCUACUAUGACCCUGCUGCUGAAGCAGAUACUGAGUGAAAGGCUGACUGACACGACUGUUUGACUGACUGGCUGUCACACGAUGAGAGGACUGUAAAUGUGCUGACUGACAAGCUUGAUUCUCUGCGCAUGAUUGAGACUGGCGGGAUGCGCAUAACAGUGAGAUAGAUGUAUGGUUGAGUCACAUGGGUUGAUGUGAUGGAUCGAUCAGUGAAGGGCUCAGUGGC